AUGCAAGAUUACGUUGUAGGCUUCCGAAUUUUUGAAGGAAGAAGUUUGCAAUCACAAGACGGCGCACUUUGUGACCCUUUUGUUGUCAUCGAAUGUUGUGGUUAUUGGUACCAAACUGAAACAUUAGAGCGCCGCAGCUCUCUUGCUCCUUGGAAUGAGCAUUGCACUUGGCCGCGAGUCGGGCUUUAUCCAAAGGAGUUUGAAUCAUCAUUCAUUGAGUUCAAAGUCUACGCAAGGAACUGGUUCACACGAAAUUUCCUAAUUGGGAAAGCUUCGUUGCAGUUGUCCUUCGUCAACAAACGCCAACACCAUUUGUAUGCAAGACGGUGGCUUCCACUGCGCAGAGAUGACAGCCCUGCUGUGACCGGCACCAUCAAUGUCACUAUCUUUGUUCUGAAGCCCUUCGAGCUUGCCCCAAGUCUGUCACUGCAGACUUCCGAGCAAGUGGAAGCGGGUGAGGAAGCAGCUGCAAACCAAGGAGAUCAUGAGGGCUUGGAAAGCGCGGUUUUGACUCAAACGGUUGACGCUCAAGCAGGAAGAGCACAUUAUGUGCGGUUGAACAUGUUCCGUGUGGAGGAGCUGCUAGACACUGCUGGAGCACCCAGCCCCUAUGUGACGGUAGAGUUUGCUGGCUGUCUGGUGAAGACCUCGACAGGCAAGCAGGUUAAGCAGUACACCUUCAAUGAAUGUCUUCAAAUUCCAGUUGUCACUCCCGUCUACGAGGAUACAAUUAUUCUCAAGCUAUGGAGCUGCAACUGGUUCUCCCCAGAUGAGCUUCUGGCCCAGGGCCUCCUUUCUUUCAGUGAGCUGCGAAGUCAUGCUCUGGCACCCCGUUGGUUCAACUUGUAUGGUUGGGAUCCGGAUGAGCUGGCUGAGUUGCAGCUGACAAGCGGCGGCGACAAGGAGCCGGAAGCUCAUCUUUUCAAAGGCCGUCUGCUUUUGUCCGGCUGCGUGGAGCCCUUGGACCCUGAUGAGGAGCUGCAAGCCCCGAAGUCCAUGCCUGCCAGAUUUGAGCUGGAACCAGCAAUGGUACAACUGUCGAUCUUGGCAGAUGUCUACAUGGUUACCGGGGCAGAUGCACGCCAGUGCCAGGUUGAAGUCAGCUUUGGUUCUGUGAAAGGCUCCACGAAAUGGGCUUCUUAUGAUGCUGCUCCCAUGGAUGAUCCGUCUGAAGGGACCGAUGCUUUCGAAGAUGAUGCCCUUCAAGGAGAGGCUCUGGGCUUCAAGACCUUCACCUUCUCUGAGAAGUCUGGGCGUGUUGAGACAUUGGUUGCUAUGACUGCGGAAGCGGAAGAUUCGCAGCCUUCUGUCACCAUCAGCCUCUACACGUCAGGGUAUUUGCAUGGCUCCAGACGUGUCGCAUUCGCGAACUGCCGCAUUGCAGAUUUUUUUCGGGGGAACCCUUCAGAGGCUGUGAAGCCUGUGUCGAUACCGUUACAACCACUGUUGCACGACGCGACUCAAAGCUCUUCUUCGGUGUUAAUUGCGUUGCGGUCAUCUUAUCAAGAUGCCGAGUCCAGAAGCCUCAGGAAACCUGUCAAGCCAAUGGUUUACCUCUUGCGAGCGUAUUGUUUCAGUGCACGUCAGAUUCAGCAUUCCGCCAUGCGUCGUGACAUUGAAGCGGGGAAGUUUGGUCUCACCAUCGAUUGUACGGGCAUGUCCAAAAGGUCGCAAGCGAUGACUGGGCCACGACCGCAAUGGAUGGAGCCCAUCGAGCUGAAGAUCCUACUUUGCUCUGACUCCACGCGUGAACCCCCGGCGACUGAACCAAUCGGUGUCCACCUCUGGCAGGAAGGCCAAGUCUCGAACCUGAACCUCGGCAAGGCCGUCUGCGUCUACUCUCACAUGCGCCGGAAGGAUGAUGCUGGCAAGUGGGAACCUUACAUCUUGUCGCCACAAUGGAUCAAGAUAUAUGGAGAUCAAACUGGCUCACGAUGCGUAGGGGAAGUUCUGAUAGCCUUUGAGCUGCUUCUUUUUAAGCAUCGUCACGAGCCAUCUUUGGGUGCUAGAGACAUGUGGCCACAGUCUGCAGAGAAGUUUGAUGAGAGGCAUCAUAUCUGUCGGUUGCGAAAAGCCACGCUACAUUUUUCCCUUCGUGGCUUGCGUGACAUGUUACCUUUGCCUCGAGUGGAGACUUUGGGUUCGGCGGCCGGCACCGUGCAUGCCGCUCAUCCGAUCGUCACGGUUGAGGUGGCACCUUUCUCAGUUGCGUCUCUCUCCAAGGCGGCCUCCCCAAAGCCUGGGAAGCAUGCCGAGACCGCCAAAGAGCGCUUGGAGUUCAAGUAUAGCGAAGCCACUUCGACAAUGGAGCGAGCUAAACGACUGAAACCUUGGACCACCAGGUUGAUCGCCCUCAACAGCGAGGGCAAGAACUUUGAUUUCUGUACGACUGGCAAGUUGCAGUGUCUUCUUCCUGAAAAGGGUUGCUUCGAGCCCUACCUAGUCAUUCGUGUCGCCGAGCCGCCAUCCUCGGUGGGAGCUUCCGUUGGCUAUGAAGCAUACUAUAUUGGUGAAGCUUUAGUCAGCCUGAAAGACAAGAUCCCAUGCUGUUGGCUGGAUGGCGUCAGCUUGUCGAAGCCGUAUGACGCUCAGCAGGAUCGGAUAUCAAGGCUCGUUCGAGAAGCACAGCUGCAACUUCAGGCACGGGACAAGUUCCAGCAGCAAAGCCUCGAUGACUUGAGGAAGGAGAUUGAGCAGUGGAGAAAGCAAGUGUACAGUGGAUGGAAGACAGAGGUCCGGGAAGAAAAUCAAGAAACAGGCUUUAUAGAUGAAGCUGGAGUGCCAAUACCUUUGAAAGUUCCCGCGGGCGUGAGAAGACCAAUACCUGCGAUGCCUUGCCCAGCAUUGAACAUGCAGAAGGAGAUCACAUUCUCACCACGCCAAGGUGCCAGAGUUAAGGAAGCAGGUUCACGCAAGUCUGUGAGCGGAAACUUGGAGAAUUCGGCUCCGUUUGACACAGCGUUUUGGUACAGGAAUGUGCGUCUCAGCAAGAAUCAAGACACGGUCAACUACCGUGAUAGCUCGUCCUGGAGCUUUACAGUGGGUGAGGUGUUGGGAUUUGUGAAAUGCGCAUUCAAGCUCGUUGACGGUUGGGAAUCGGCAGUUUCUGGAGAAGAUGCAGAUGAGGUUGACGAGGGUGACGAUGAAGAAGAUGAUGAUGCUGAUGCAGAGGAGGAAGGCCUCGCGCUGGAUGAAGUUGUGCUCGCAAAAACAGAGAAGCAAUCCGCAGAUGUCCGUGGCGAGGAUGUCAUAAAAUUGCGGACGAGUUAUGGACAUGACGCAGCACUGGAUGAGUGGGCAUUUGCAGACGACUCGUUGUUCAAGAAGUUCUACGACCCUGAAUCCGUGCCUCCAAGAAUUCGUUGUCGGCUGUAUUUUGUGAAGGCUGUCUGCAUCCACUACAGAAGUACAGGUCUUGCAGAUCCAUAUCUCGACGUGAGCCUUGGGCGGGAUCACAUCAUAUCAAUGCGAAACAUGGCACAACCGCAAACAAACACUCCUGACUUUCACCGCGUCGAAGCACGCGACAUCAUGCUUCCAGCAGAUUGGCGUCUGGAGGUGACUGUGAAGUCGUUGGAAGAGCUCGCUCUCCAGGAUUCAGUUAUUGGCGGCACCGUCAUUGACUUGGAAGAUCGGUGGCAUUCGAGCUUGUGGCAAGCCGGCAACAGGAAACAAAUGCUUCCCACGGAGAACCGAUCCCUCCACAGCGUGGAAUUCCCGGGUCGAAACCGUGGCAGCCUCGAGAUGUGGGUGGAGAUGAUUGAGUCGUCUGAUGCUGCUGCAGUGAAGCCGUCGACACUUGCCAAGCCGCCCACAACGGAGCUGGAAGUUCGACUGGUCAUUUGGACGGCGAGCGGUGUAAAGCUCAUGAAUGGCGAUGCGACAAAUGUGCAAAUUCACACUCAGCUUGACUGCAAACAGUACGGUGGCGAAUACGAUGCCUUCCAGCAGACCGAUGUUCACUUUAACUCUGUGGAUGGCAAGGCCGUCUUCAAUUGGCGAAUGGUCUACCCUCGGAUCAAGAUGCCAUCCUGGUCUUGUACGAUGACAGUUGGCUUGUACCACCACGAGCUGAUGGGAGACACCUUCCUUGGAAGCUUUGAUCUUGAUCUGGGCAAGUACUUGGAAAGGGUGGCUCGCGACUCAGAUGCGUUGACGGUCGGUCCAAGCGACAUCACGUUUUAUGACGCCGAGGAGGAAGAUGUGGGCUCCGUGAAUAUGACAAUGUGGGUCCUGACGCAAGCAGAGGCACAGGGCCGACGAGUGGGCAUUGCCCGCGAAGAGCCCAAUGAAGAUCCACAGCUGCUCACGCCAACUGAAGGCAGAGACUGGGGCACCUACCUGUCAUCCUUGGGAUUCGCCUGGCCAGACUUUGGGCUCUGGAAGAAGUUCAUCCCUGUGUUCGUGGCCUUGGUCGUUUUCCUCAUUGCCGUGAUCAUACUGAAACAGAUUGGCCUGAUUUGA